CCUGUUGUUUACUGGCAAGCAUUUAAAAUAGAGGCAAAAAAUUUUCUACUGCUAUAAAGACCUAAUCAUUAUAGAUCUAUUGAGGCUGAACUUACAACUGUAUUUUUUCCUUGUUGUAUGAAUACUUAAUCAUGGACAUAGCACUUUGUGGAGGACUGUGCUUUGCUCUUAUCGGCUCGUUAUAUGUAUACCCACGCGACUUCCGAUUUUUAAAAGUUGCCCUUCGUGAUCUCCACACCGCUGCCACAGACGCGUCUGUGUAUAUCGAUCGAGACAGCACCAGUACAAUCAUAAAGCGGUCGAUCUCAUUUACAGGUGUGAUCUGUGGAAGCUUUCUGUACUUGCGAAGCGUCUCCAAAGCAAAUAUCGGGAUACCAGAUAAGCAUCCCUUUGUUGUAAUGUUACAGUGUGUUGGUUUCACUGCGAUUCUUUUUCUUGGACCUAUUGUCGAGCACCUCAUGUCUUAUGGGAUUUGGUCCGCGCCCGAGACAAUCAAUGAGUGGCUGAUGCUAUUUCGCAAUAUUUUUCUUUGUCCAUUUGGCGAAGAGAUCGUCUUUCGGGGCCUUUUCUUUCAUAUUCUUCGAGGUCGGACCACCACGCAGCAAAUUCUUCUUUCAUCCAUUCUUUUUUCUCUUUCCCAUGCACAUCUUCUGGUGGUUUACGCAAUAGAUGAAUAUCGCAUGGCUUUAGAGAACGGCGAAGAGCCGAAAAGGGGUUUGGAACGGAUGUGCUGGCUACAUUCCUUGCAGAGAUUCUACUUCCACUUUUUUUUUACGUUUGUCUUUGGCAUAUUGAACGGGUUUUACUAUACCACAGUAUGCCGGGGAAGUGUCUUUGCUUUAGGUGCAACUCACGCGUUAUGCAAUGUAGUGGGUGCGCCGUCCUUUCAAUUUGCUCGGGAUGCCGCGUUUUCUAAAGAAAAACGGUUUGCCUGUGGUAUUUCAUACGCCAUCGGUGUCGCGUUAUGGUGCCUCUUGCGGCGAGCCGUACAGUAG